CUGUAUAUAAACCCAUUACCCAUGUACUAAUGUACUAUAGGAAGACUAUCAGACCCCAUUUCUCAAACUAAGUGAGCUUUCUACUUUCGUCUUUCUACAUAUAUAAUGGCUUCAAAAGCCGACGCCGACCACAAACAAAAUGGUCACCCUUUACCACCGGAGUGUACGGUGGAAGAGGUGGCGCUGGUGGUGCCUGAAACCGAUGACCCGUCGCUACCGGUGCUGACAUUCCGGGCAUGGACACUCGGAGUUGCCUCAUGCACCGUUUUGAUUUUUCUAAACACUUUCUUCAUAUACCGAACUCAGCCGCUAACCAUCUCCGCCAUCCUCAUGCAAAUUGCUGUUUUGCCGAUCGGAAAAUUCAUGGCCGCCACCUUGCCGACGAAGGAGUAUCGGUUGUUGGGUCGUAGCUUUAGCCUGAACCCGGGUCCGUUUAACAUGAAGGAGCAUGUGAUUAUCACGGUGUUCGCCAACUGCGGCGUUUCAAUGGGAGGAGGGGAUGCGUACUCCAUCGGAGCCAUUACUGUUAUGAAAGCUUAUUAUCGACAGAGCUUGAAUUUCCUCUGUGGUUUGAUUAUUGUCUUGACUACUCAGAUUGUGGGAUAUGGAUGGGCCGGAAUGUUGAGGAGGUACUUGGUUGAUCCGGUGGAAAUGUGGUGGCCGGCGAACCUUGCUCAGGUGUCUCUCUUCAGAGCCCUACACGAGAAGGAGACGAAAGCACAGGGAAUGACACGAAUGAGAUUCUUCAUGAUCUUCUUGGUUGCAAGCUUUGCAUAUUACGCAUUUCCCGGCUAUCUUUUUCCGAUCUUGACCUUCUUCUCAUGGGUAUGUUGGGUUUUUCCGAACAGUAUAACAGCACAGCAGAUCGGCUCCGGUUACCAUGGGCUAGGCGUCGGCGCUUUCACCCUCGAUUGGGCGGGAAUUUCAGCUUACCAUGGAAGCCCACUAGUUACUCCAUGGACUUCCAUUAUCAAUGUCGGAGCUGGUUUCAUCAUGUUCGUUUACAUCAUCGUCCCACUUUGUUACUGGAAAUUCAACACAUUUGACGCACAAAAAUUUCCCAUCUUCUCCAAUCAGCUCUUCACAUCCACCGGACAUAAAUACGACACCACCAGAAUCUUAACCCCACAAUUCGACCUCAACAUUGCUGCAUAUCAGAGUUACAGUAAGCUCUACUUGAGUCCCCUCUUUGCACUUUCAAUUGGAUCUGGAUUCGCGAGAUUCACAGCCACCCUCACCCAUGUCGCGCUUUUUCAUGGCGGGGAUAUAUGGAAGCAGAGUAGAUCUGCAGCACAUAAUGUGAAGCUUGAUAUCCAUUCGAAACUAAUGAAGACUUACAAACAAGUUCCUCAAUGGUGGUAUCUGGUGUUGUUGAUCGGGAGCAUUGCUUUAUCGCUAAUAAUGUGUUUUGUCUGGCAAGAAGAUGUUCAGCUCCCAUGGUGGGGCUUUCUCUUCGCUUUCUUCUUGGCUUGGAUUGUUACUCUCCCCAUUGGAGUCAUUCAAGCAACCACAAACCAGCAACCUGGAUAUGACAUCAUCGCACAGUUCAUAAUCGGUUAUGUGUUACCCGGAAAACCAAUCGCAAAUCUUCUGUUCAAAAUCUACGGGCGAAUCAGUACCAUUCACGCUCUUUCGUUUCUAUCUGAUCUUAAACUCGGACACUACAUGAAAAUCCCACCUAGAUCCAUGUUCACAGCUCAGUUGGUGGGAACGCUAGUUGCAGGGACGGUGAAUCUAGCAACAUCAUGGUGGAUGUUGGAGAACGUCGAGAACAUAUGUGACAUUGAAGGUCUUCAUCCCGAAAGCCCAUGGACGUGCCCGAAGUUCAGGGUUACUUUUGAUGCUUCGGUGAUAUGGGGACUGAUCGGACCACAACGACUGUUCGGACCUGGAGGUUUAUACAGAAACCUGGUAUGGCUAUUCCUCGUCGGAGCAUUCUUGCCUGUUCCCGUUUGGAUUUUGAGCAAGAUUUUCCCUGAGAAGAAAUGGAUUCCGUUGAUCAACAUCCCUGUUAUCUCCUAUGGUUUUGCUGGCAUGCCACCUGCAACUCCUACAAACAUUGCAAGUUGGCUUGUGACAGGGAUGAUCUUUAACUACUUUGUGUUUAAGUACCGGAAACAAUGGUGGCAGAAGUACAAUUAUGUCCUUUCGGCGGCUUUAGAUGCUGGGACAGCUUUCAUGGGUGUGGUGCUGUUUUUUGCUCUUCAGAACGAAGGUGUUAAUUUGAAAUGGUGGGGAUCCAAACCAGAUCACUGUCCUUUGGCAACUUGUCCUAUAGCCAAAGGGAUUAAUGUUACUGGAUGCCCAAUUUUCUAGGGGUAAGAUUGUAAUUUUAAAUAAGAGGUAUGGGCUAUAUACUGUGUAAUGUGUAGUAGAGCCCUUGGUUACUCAUAGAUUUUGUUAGAUGGAUGUGGUCUAACCAUUUGGUGUUCAUUAGUGUAUAUGUUCCAUUAGUAGAAAUAUGUUGCUCCAACAUUUCAUUAAUCAGUGC